CAAUCUUAUGUAAGUUCAUCACUGUGUAGUGAUUAUUAAGAUGGCAAACAGUGACAGGAACAACAUCUCUACAGUUUGCUGGCAAUACUCAGAUGAGUUUUCAGAGACAAACCUGCACUUACUUGAAAACGAAAUUCUCAGUGACAUAUCAUUCGCUGCUGGAGAGGAAAGAACGAUUGUCCGUGCCCACAAAAUGAUCCUAGCCAGCAGGAGCCCUGUUUUCUUUGCCAUGUUCUGUGGGCUACUUAAAGAAACUUCAACUGUAGUGGACAUACCUGAUAUCAAAGCUGAUGACUUUAGACUAUUUUUGAAGUAUUUAUAUACACGAUCGUGUGACACCAAUGCAAACACAGUGACGUCUUUGCUGUACUGUGCGAAAAAAUAUGAUGUCCCGUCACUGCAAAAGAUCUGCCGGGAUUUCCUCAGAAAUGCCAUUCAUGUUGUGAAUGUGUGCACCGUUCUAGAGGAGUGUUUACACUUUCAAGAAGACCAACUUAAAGAGGAGUGUAUUAGUUUUAUUUCUCAGAAUACAAUUGCCGUGCUCAAGACAAGAUCAUUUAAAAACCUUCCGACGAAUACCGUUAAACUACUUCUUGAAGACGAUGCACUGAACUGCAAGGAAGUCCAUAUUUAUUCUGCAUUGAAGGCGUGGGGUGUAUGUGCUUGCAAACGAAAGGGAAAGAAUAUUCCAACAGCUGAAAAUAUACGUGACGAAAUCGGUGAUCUGAUCAAGUUGAUUCGAUUUCCAACAAUGAGUGUGGAAGAUUUUUCUAAAUAUGUUGCGAAAGACUUAGUUUUAACACCAGAGGAAAAGCUGGCUUCCUAUCAAGACAUUGUUCUUGGCGAUAAGAUAUCUGGAUAUCCAAACACACCUAGACAAGAACCUACGACUCUGUAUAGGGUUAUGAGAUUCCGUUCCAUAACAACUCGGAACAGGUCCAUAGAAGUGGAACGUAAUGGCAUUGGUUUUACCGUUUCAAGAACAUGUACACUUCACGGAGCGAUGCUUUUUCGCCCAGCUGCUCCAGGAAUGGUCACUGGCAAGUUUGUUUUGAAUAAUUUAAAUAAAAAGUUAGUUGAAUCAAAUUUCUCUAUUGAAUUUGAGAUAGGAAAGACCACGCUCGACCAUUUAUUCUCCCCAAUACGAUUAGAACCCGGGAUAGAGUACUGCGUUCGGCAUAAUAGUAUACUGACUCGCAAGUGUUUAAAAACAUACUGCGGAAAAGAUCCACAACCGACUAAUGCAGAUAAAGUUCAAAUACAGUUAAAAGAUGUCCGGUUCAGAGAGGGCAUAAACAAUACAACAGUGUCUUCUGGCCAGAUCUUAGGACUGUUGAUCGGAGUGAAAAGCUAAAUCAGGCUUUAAGUACUCCAAAUUGUAUUCCUUCGUGUUCAGAUAGAGUUGGGGUCCCUGAUCAUUGAAGUUCUUGGGAUUUAACUAUUUGUCGAUUAUUUUUUUUAUUCUUAUGUUUUCUCAAGUCUCAAGUGCAUAUUUUGAUAAUACUUACCAUCUACGUUUUUACUUUAUUCAGGAUUGUUGGAUAAGAGUUAGGUUGUGCACACAAAUUAGUUUAAACCCCCAGUAAAUUUACAUUUUACUGACCGUUUUAAGGCGGGAGCCAACAGUCCAUGAUUAACACCCCUAGUUGUAUAUAUAUUAUAUAUGUGGUGUGUUGUUUGUGAAAUUGUGUGUUGGUGUUCAAUGUUUUUGGUUUUUGAUUGUUUGUUGUUGUGUUCUAUGUCAUUGGCAUUGACCCUGUGCCAUUAAACGGGGUGUAUGUUAAAAUAUUCCACCACUGGACUUGCUUCUGUUAUUUUUCAUAUUAAUGUUGAUAUUAAAGUCACAUUGCGGUUUAAACCAUAGUGUUGAUUUGUUUUUCGGAAAACAACUUUUUGGAACCUGCUUUUGGCUUUCCAGAAAAAAAGUUAAGCUUAUUUAAAACUUAAACGAUAAAUGUAUCUACUGUCAUAAAUCUAAGAAUUGACAUGAUUUUAAAGGUAAGAUUAAAAUAGCGUGACUAUUAAAGUUGAAAGUUGUAAUUUUGUAUCCUUAAUUUACAUGUUUCUGUUUGAAACGUUACGGAUGUUUGAAUAUUGAACAUUUUAAAUAAUCCAAAGAUUAUUUGAUUCAGGGAUUCGCAAUUUUAAAUCCGAUAAAUCUGUUUAUCAGCCAUUACGAUUUUCCAUCAAUUUCGAUAACUGAACUGGUGUUGUUAUAAUAAUAUGUCUGUUUAUAUCUUUUCAAAAAUUGCCUUAUAUGUGUAUGUGCUAUAUUAAUCCCCUGCCGUAAGGCAAAGUCGAUAAAGUAAUGGUAGGCGUGUGUGUGCGUGCGUUUAUGUAUGUGUGUGUCAGGGCAAAUUUCUUUGAGGUAUUGACCUCAAACUUCAUAUAUAGAUAAAUCUCAUAUAGGGGAAUGGCAGUGCACAGAAACCAUAACAUUGGCUGUAAAUAUUUAGUUAUUGCUCUUUGUUAAUAUCCAAACAUAUAUUUUGUCCGGAGCAUAACUCGAAAAGUGUUUUAGGAAUUGACUUCAAAUUUAAAAACAGUAAAAAAAUAUUAUUCAGGAAAAGUGCCCAGGAACAAUAAGUUAAAUUUUGUCUGUGAUAUCUUCAUUUAUUGUAAAUGUUUAUUUUCAUACUUAUUUUAUGACCGGAGCAUAACUUGAAAAUUCUAUAUAAAUAUAUUCUAACAUUAACGGAGAUGUGCAGGGCAUAGGUACCAUAAUUUGGCUGUAGUCCUUUUUAGCUAUGGCCCUUUGUUAAAUUCCAUUCUAUUUUCUUUUGUCCAGAGCAUUACUCAAAAAGUGUUUUAGGUAUUAACUUCGUAUACAGAUAUAUCUCAUUAAGGAAACGUUCACUGCACAUGAACCAUAACUCUGGCUUCAAUAUGUAUUUUAUUCAUAGCCCUUUGUUAUUUUCCAUACACAUUGUUUUCUCCGGAACAUAACUCACACAGUGUUUAGGUAUUUACUUCAAGCUUCGUAUACAGAUAUAUCACAUUAAGGAAAGAUCACUACACAUGACAAUAACUUUGGCUGCAGUAUUGUUUUAGGUGUUUCCUUUCUUUAUUUCCUUACUUACUUUUUGACCGGAGCAUAUUAACUUGAAACGUCUUUGAGGUAUCGACUUCAAACUUCUUAUACAGAUAGAGCUCGUUAAGGAAUGAUACAGUGCACAGUAAACAUAACUCCGGUUCAGUAUGUUUUACUCAUUGCUAUUUGUUAUUUAACAUACCUAUUGGUUUGUCCGGAUCAUCACUCAGAGUCCACAAACAGUAUUGGCUUUGGUUGCAUUGUAUUAGAUAAUGCCCUUUGUUCAUUUACAUUCUUAUUUUUUACCUUAACAUAUCUUGACAAGUCGAGUACAUACUUCAAACUUGCCAUACCGAUAGAUCGCAAUGAGAAAGAGUGCACAGAAACCAUAACUCUGGUUGCAGUAUUUCUUAAUGAUUGCCCCCUGUUUAUUUAAUACUAUAUAUAUAUGAGUUUUCAUACUAUUUUUUGUCCGGAGCAUAACCUGAUAAGAUUUUAAGUUAUUGUAGACUCUGCUUUCUACUUUAAACAUACAUAUGUUUUAAGCAAAACACAUCGUAUAACAUCCGUUACAUAUUAUACGUUACUUAAACAUGUGUGUUUCUCAUUCAAAAUAGCCCAUGCGUUUUUGUAAAACGUUCUUAGGUGUGUAUUGUAAGCCUUUUAUAGGUUUCUUAAUGUUGGGCUAGCAGGAAACCUUUUGAGCAUUAAAAUAUCAAUACGUAAACUUAUUGUUUUCAUUGUUAAUAUUUUAGCUGCAACUUAUUCAUUUCUUUUCAUGAAUGUUAUACAAAUUCAAUUUAUUAAAAAUGAUGAAACAAAUGUAAUGAACAUACAUAAUAAAAGAAAAUAUAUGUUUGUAGCAGUUAUACCUCCUGAUACUAUAAACGCAGGUGAUUAAUGUUAUAUCAUGUAAAUUGUACUCUUGGCAACUAACCAGAUAUGAUAUUUUGUCUGUAAAUCUUGUAUUUGGUGAUUUUAUAGAUUUUUUCCGAGUACUCGAGUAGUGAUUUGGUACUCGAGUACUCGGACGUUCGAUCGAGUACUCGAGUACUCGGGUACUCGUUGCCAUCCCUAGUUGUAUGACAAUGACAUCAAUAUUGUUUUGCACUCAUGUUGAUAUGUUUAAAAUAUGCUUAGAUUGUUUAAUGUCAUUCAGCUUAUUUUUGCUUUCGGUAAUUUAAA